UGGAUAUUAUUUCAGGUCUGUGAGAUCUGAGUCUUUUCUCCUAUUCGAUUGACCAGGGCCCAAGCCACCGCCUCCAGCAGCUCCAGUUACUCCGUUGGAGACAAGUUGUGUGACCUCCAGCUAGCGAGCCUUUCGUUGCCCGUUUCGUUGCCCGUUUCGUCGUUUGCCUGUUUGCACGGCGCUAUCACUACACAUCUAGACUAUUAUACAAUCUGUUAUGACCUAUUAUCCCUUAGACAUACUCCAGUAUAUGUGUCCCUUUAUAAGAAGUCACCGUUGUACCCGGAAAUAUGUUUGGGUCACUAGUCACCAUCGUCAGUCAAACUGGGGAGAUCGGUCCGCCGCCUAAGGACGUACCACCUCCCACUCCCAUCAGAUUGCCGCAGUGCAACCCAGAACUGCGCGGAGAGCCUCAGCCUUCUCUAGUCCGCUUCCUGCAACAGCUGCAGCGCCCUAACGAGCUUACUGAGGCUCAUUUCGCCGCCCUCGGCGUGCACGUACAUGCUGAUGCUCCCGCCGAGGAGGUCAUUCCGGACCCGUCUUACCUACCCGUAUUCUCGGAGUGGGAGGGUGUAGACCUGGACGAAGCGCGGCGCAGGGAUGAAACUUUUCGCCAACCGUUGUGUAACGGAGGCAAAUCCCCCGAAGCUCGUUUUUUCUUGGAGUGCCGCAAUGAGCUUUCCGUACCUAACCAGGCUGCCUUCCGCUCUGUCCGGCGUGUAAAACCCGAACCGGGGAAGCAGCAGCCUCGGCUCGGAAACUGCUACGAGUUCUACAAGCAGAUGGAGCUAAUGGCUUCAUAUUGGGAUGAUACUUCGCUGCCACCGCUCGUCCCCGAAGAAGACGAAGAGGAGUCGCCGCCCCUGCCUCCCCGUCCCGCAGAUGGCAGUUCUGAACAACUCGCCACCGGCGCGGCCCCCGAGUCCAACACCCGCUCCGAAGCGGAUCCCGAAGCCAAGCCGAAGAAGGAGCCGCAGCGCACGACCUACCGCACUAGCCCCGGGUCCCAGAUGCCGGCUGAGUUCCGCCACAACUUCAUAUCGGCCUUCGUGAAGCUCAUCGCGUACGCCUUCGGCUGCAACGUCCUUCCGCCCAGGGUCGAGCCCCGCCUACAAUUACUCUCGCCGCCGUUCAGGAAGAGCUCCCAACCGAAGGCCCCGUUCUCGCAGACCGCAUCGUACUUUCCCUCCGGCUGCGUGUUCCUGUGCAAAGCGCCUACGACACGUGAGGCUGCGCGCGCGGGUAUCGUGGAAGGACCUAUUGCGGCGGUGUCCGCGCGCAAUACGACGAACUUUAACACUCCCGCCGACUCUUACAUCGACUUCGGGAGGGAAUUGGUCGCCGCGCUGAUCACGGCCCAGCAUAGAGCGCGCGAGGGCCAGCCGGAGAAACGUUUUGGCGAGGGAAAGUGGUGGGCGACGGAGAAGCGCUGGGGUGGUGGCGAGGGCGGACCUAUAGGUCGCGAGGUUGACGGGGAUCCCGUCGUCGGCGAUAAGGACGCCGUGGCUCUCGGGAACGGCGAGGGCGUCGGGGCCAGCAAACCAGGCUCUUCGUCUUCUUCCCAAUCGAAAGGGAAGUCGUCGCCGCUUCCCCCUAUCCCGAUGCGCGGACAACCCGUCAGCAAGAAACCGCGCAAGAACAUGAGCAUCUACGACAGCUACCGCAUGGUGCGUCUACCGUCGUCGAAUUGGGACAAGAAGACGAAGUACGCGACCAUCGGCAAGGUCAAGGGCGCCGACUACGACGACGUGUUCGUGCUGAGCAGCCUGUUCCACCACCUUAGCAUACUUAGGGUCCGCGUGCCGAAAAAAUUGCUCGACGUCCUGGGCGGGGAGCUAGAAGGCGUGGUCCAGGCCAAGGUAGGACCGGACGGCGAGAAGCUGCGCAGCUGGGGCAAGCUGGAGAUGUGGCGGAGCAGGUGGUUCGACUUGUUCAUCGUCGAGGAGAGGCUCGAAGCUAUGCGUCUGCUCUGGGGCAUGAUGGGUUGGGUUAUGCGGAAGGUCGACGAGGAUGUUGCGAUGAAGAAUGCCUGAGCCCGAGAAUGCGAGGAAAUGUGUGUUGGUUGAUGCGUAUAGGCUUCUUGGAUUCGGGUUAAGAUUAAGAGGACGGCGGCAGCUG